GCAGCAGCGCGAGGGAGGAAGCAAAGGCAUGACGAUGGUGGGGAAGCUUUUGAGCAGAACGUUGAAUGUGUUCCGUGAGAGGCGAAGAAGCUUCUCUUCGUCGUCGGGUCUGUAUGGGUUCCCUCAAUUGAAGACCCCCAAAGGCUUCCAAUCUUUCGUCGAUGAAGCCAUUGAAAGGUCUGCGGAACUCAUCGCUUACAUUUCCACCGCUCCUCCAGCUGCAGAUAUCAUGCGUGCAAUGGACGAGAUUUCUGACACAGUGUGUUGUGUUGUGGACUCUGCUGAACUGUGUAGGCACACUCAUCCAAACAGGGAUUUUCUUCAAGAGGCCAACAAGGCUUCCUUCAGAAUCAAUGAAUAUCUACAUUAUCUCAAUACAAACCAUGAUCUCUACAAUGCCGUCAAGAAAGCCGAGCAGGAGUGUCAUAUGCUCUCUGAAGAAGCUCAAAGGGGAGUUCGAAACUUGCGUGCUGAUUUUGAAAGGGGUGGAAUUCAUCUUUCCUCUGAAAAAUUACAUCGCGUAAACUCACUAAACAUUGAAAUUUCUCAACUAUCCAGACAGUACAAUGAAAAUAUUGUCAUGGAUCCAGGAAAUGUGGAUAUAUAUCCUUCAUCACGCAUACCCAAAAGUUUGCAUUAUCUUGUUAAGCCUAUCUAUCGGUCAGGUUCUUCAAUAGUUACAGGGUCCAACACUGUCCUUAAAGAGAAAGGAUAUCAAAUUACAACAGACCCACAAACUGUUGCCGCCAUCCUACAGCAGUCAUCAGAUGAUGAGGUAAGGAAAAUGGUAUAUAUACAAGGAAAUUCUGUUCCACAUGCAAAUGUUGAAGUUCUGAGAAGGCUUAUAUCUGCUCGACAUGAACUAGCUCAGAUGAUGGGGUGUAAAUCUUAUGCUGAAUUUGCCGUUAAGCCUAACAUGGCUACGACACCAGAUGUUGUUAGGUCAUUUUUACUUGAGAUGAGCAAGAUGGUGCAGGCAAAGUCUAAAGAGGAGUUUGAGUUACUUACAAAAUUCAAAAGAGAAACGUCCGGUCGAAGUGAUGGAAAUUUGAGGGCAUGGGAUGAGGCAUACUACAUGACUAUGAUGAAGUCCUCUACUUAUAAGUUGGACAAUUCGGUUGUAGCAUCAUAUUUUUCUUUAUCAAACUGUAUUGAGGGUUUGAAGGUGCUGGUGCAGUCAUUGUUUGGUGCAACCUUUCAUAACAUCCCUCUGGAACCUGGUGAAUCAUGGGAUCCCCAAGUGCUAAAACUGUCUCUUCAUCAUCCUGAAGAGGGUGAUUUAGGAUAUCUGUACCUUGAUUUGUACUCGAGAAAAGGAAAGUAUCCUGGUUGUGCUCAUUUUGCAAUUAAAGGGGGUCGCAAGAUUUCUCAAACGGAAUACCAACUUCCAGUUGUAGCUCUUGUUUGCAAUUUUCCAUGUUCACGAAGCCCAUCAGCUGUGAGGCUUAAUCAUUGGGAAGUGGAAACUCUAUUUCAUGAGUUUGGUCAUGCUCUUCAUUCAUUGCUUUCAAGAACGGAUUACCAACAUUUUUCUGGCACCAGAGUGGUCCUUGAUUUUGCAGAAAUACCAUCCAACCUCUUUGAAUACUAUGCAUGGGACUAUCGAGUUCUGAAAAGAUUUGCUAGACACUAUUCAACGGGUGAAGAAAUCCCUCGUAAGCUGGUGGAGUCAAUGAAGGGUGCCAAAGAUAUGUUUGCUACCACUGAUCUGCAGCGUCAGAUAUUCUAUGCCUUGGUUGAUCAGACACUUUUUGGAGAGCAGCCACUCCCUUAUGGAGACACUAGUUCUGUUGUUGCUGAACUGAAAAGACAGCAUACUUGUUGGGAACAUGUGGAAGGAACACACUGGGAGGCCCGAUUUAGUCAUCUCCUUAAUUAUGGUGCAGGGUAUUAUAGCUAUUUGUAUGCCAAAUGUUUUGCUGCUACCAUAUGGAAGAAGUUGUGCCAGGAGGAUCCACUAUCACUAACUACCGGAUUCGCUUUAAGAACGAAAUUCCUACAGCAUGGUGGAGCCAGAGAUCCAGCUUCAUUGUUAAAUGAUCUCGUAGGUGAUGGGAUAUACAGGCAUUGUAAUGGAGGGAUAAUCCCUGAUAUUUCAAGUCUUUGUGAUGAAAUGAAACUGGUUGAAGAAGAUCAGCAGCAGGUUCAUUUGUUAUGAGGCUUUCUUAUAGGUUUGGAGUGUACCUAACUAGCACCCUGAAAGGUUAUCAAGACAAAUGAGGCAGCACCAUCGGGCGACUAAGCUCUGCGCUUCUACUUUUUAGACCAACCUGAGGAGGUUUUUUCUUUAGGGCGUCGAACUGUUCUAUAAAAAGAAAUGGAGCUUGUUUAUGGUCUUUGUUUACAUAUACUCUCUUUGUAUGAAGUUUCAUUCAUUCAUUUGAUUAAGCCUGAAGAAGCUAAAAAGUAUAUUGUCCUCCAGAGUGGGGGAAAAUUGAUUC